AUGGAACGUUCCGGUAUCAAACCCUCCGUUCUCCGAUCAAUCCCUGUCGUAGACUUCGACUCUAAGGACUUCAAAGACAACGUCGAAUGCGUUGUUUGUUUCUCCGAGCUCGUUGAUGGAGACAAAGCUAGAGUUUUGCCGAGCUGGUUUCAUGCUGAUUACAUCGACUCGUGGCUUCGAUCUCAUUCCACUUGUCCUAUAUGUAGAAAGAGAGUUGCUUUGUGCAACGAGGAACUAGACAAGAACUUGACGAGGGUUUGA